UUUGGAAGAGAAACCUAACCUCACAAUAGUUUGUAUGUGAGCUGGAUUUGGCUGAAAACAAAACGUCGUAAAUAAAUCAAAAUAAAUUGAAUUGCUCAAUCAGACACACAUUGCGACCUCCAACCAAAUGGAUGAUUUAAAUCCCCUUGCGGGAACAGCACAUUUACUGGAAGAAGUCGACAAAAAAUUGAUGGUACUGCUCCGCGAUGGCAGAACAUUGAUUGGUUAUUUACGUUCCGUGGAUCAAUUUGCCAAUUUGGUUCUACACAAAACAAUCGAACGAAUUCACGUCGGAACGGAAUACGGUGACAUUCCUCGGGGUAUUUUCAUAAUCCGUGGCGAGAAUGUUGUACUAUUGGGUGAAAUUGACAGAGAAAAGGAGAAGAAUUUGCCGCUGAAAGAGAUUUGUGUCGAUGACAUUCUGGACUCGCAACGUCGGACUCAGGAGCAAAGACACGAAAAACAUCGACUGAUAGCUAAGGCAUUGAAGGAGAGAGGUCUGAACAAUACAAAUUCGGAUCUGGCACAGGACGAAUAUUGAACUUCCCUUUUUGUUUUGAGAUUGAAAACCAUUUUUAACUCUUAAGGUCUUAACUUGUAAGCAACAGUUGGUGUUAAUAAACUCAGUUGAACAUUUUGCACAGAA